AUGGCGGUGAAUAUCAGAGUAUUUCUUCUGUAUGCUGCGGUAGCUCAUUACUCAGCAAACGGCCAGUAUUACGCAUUGUCAUCAUGUCCCUCAUCAAUGUUUUUAGCACCACCAACACCUUCGUAUCUUCCGCCAGCGGCCGUACCCUGCGGUUGUCCUUGUGGUGGCUUACCAUGCGGAUGCCAAGCGCCUCCACCAACCCCCAUUUAUGUGACCCUUCCAACCCCUCCUCCGCUUUGUGUAACACCUCCACCAAUGCCUCCAAUGUAUAUUGAACUUCCGUGUCCUCCGCCUAUCACUGUAUCGCCACCCCCAGGUCCCCCAAUGUGUAUCACGCCUCCACCACCACCACCAAUGACCAUUUCUCUUCCUCCGCCUCCACCUAUGACAGUGUCACCACCUCCAUUACCACCGAUGUGCGUCACUCCACCGCCUUUGCCUCCUUUGAGUGUUAGUCCUCCAUUGCCGCCUCCGUUAAUAUUAGAACUCCCGCUACCACCACCGAUUGUAAUUGAACUACCAGCACCUCCGCCCAUAGUAGUUCAGCCACCGCCGCUGCCAAGAGUUAUGGUACAGCCGCCGCCAUUACCGCCGAUGUCGGUCCAGCCACCGUCACCGCCGCCUAUGAUGGUACAGCCGCCCCCUCCACCGCCGAUGUGCAUUCAACCGCCUGCACCGUGUCCGGUUACGAUACAGCCGCCUUGCCCGGAGCCAUUGUUGGUCCAGCCACCACCGCCGUGUCCUAUUAGCGUUCAGCCGCCCCCCCUACCGCCUAUAUGUGUACAACCUCCACCGCCUCCUCCCAUGUGUAUUCAACCACCUCCUUUUGAGCCUUUCUGCAUUCAACCUCCAGCUCCCUCGCCAAUUUGUUUCCAGCCUGCUCCUCCGCCUCCGAUAUGCUCAUGGCGGGCUCGGGGGGGCUCGUGGAGUGGUCGGAGGGGGGCUGCGGUGUGGUUCCAGCCGGCGGGUGCUCCGGCCCCGCUGCCUGGUGAGCUGGUGGAGGUACACCGGGCGGCCAGAGUGCUCCUAGUCAGCGCCGUCGUCAAUGGGCAGCCACAAACCUUCGCCCUUCAAAUGGGCAAUGGCGAAGAAGAGGGAGAUCCAGUAUGGCCGCGCGAAGAGUUGGGACCAACCGGUGUCGAAGAUAUGACUCGUCUCCACGACCUCCACGAAGCCGCUUUGCUCUGGAAUUUGAAGCUGAGAUACGAGCAGGGCCUUAUAUACACCUACGCAGGGUCCAUAUUAGUUGCUGUUAAUCCUUACAGGCCUGUGGAUACUCUGUAUGGUCUACAGACUGCAAGAAGAUACCAUGCAGCGGAAGCAUUAGGUGACCUACCGCCACAUCUUUUCGCCAUUGCGGCCGCCGCUCGCGCAUCGUUACCACAUCCUCAAGCCAUUUUGAUCUCUGGAGAGUCCGGCGCGGGAAAAACUGAAUCCACUAAACUAGCUGUUCAGUUUCUUGCUGCGGUCGCUCCUGCACCUUUAGGCAGGGCUCCCGUCUCCGAACAAAUUUUAGAAGCAGCGCCAUUACUGGAAGCGUUCGGAAACGCGAGAACGCCAAAAAAUCAUAACUCUAGUCGAUUUGGAAAACUGUUAGAACUCUAUUUCAAAGAUGGUGCAUUAGCCGGAGCCAGAGUCGCACAUUAUCUACUCGAAAAAUCGAGAAUAGUCACUCAAUCGCCUGGUGAAAGAAAUUAUCAUGUGUUCUAUGAAUUAUUAGCGGGAUUAGAUGAAGAACAAAGACGGGCAAGAGGUCUUUUGACAGCAGAACACUAUUUUUAUCUAAACCAAGGAGGAGAUUCAGGAGGCGCUGGCGCUGGAGCUGAUUGGUCCGCUCUAUGUGGGGCUAUGCAAGUACUUGGUAUUGGCGAUGCAGAAAGAGAAGACAUCAUCAGAGUUUUGGCUGCCGUUCUCCAUUUAGGAAAUGUGUAUUUUCACAGAAGACAGUUACGUCACGGACAGGAAGGAGUUCAAUUAGGCGGAGGAGCUGAAGUCCGCUGGGCAGCGCAUUUAUUAAAAAUUCCCGCUGAGGAUUUGGCAAGGGCUUUAACUACGAGAGUUACUGCUGCGCGGGCUGAGCGUAUGAGAUCGCCCUUGCCAAUAGACCAGGCAUUAGACGCUAGAGACGCUUUUGCUAAAGCCCUUUAUUCUUCCCUUUUCAACUGGCUCGUCUUACGCAUUAAUUCGAUAGUCCACCGCGCUGGUCUACACGACGCUCACCGGAUUUCUCUACUCGACAUCUUCGGCUUCGAAGACUUGGAAGAGAAUUCCUUCGAGCAACUUUGCAUUAAUUACGCGAAUGAAACGCUGCAGCAUUAUUUCAACAAACACAUUUUCAAACUUGAACAACAAGAAUAUCAGAAGGAACGUUUAGAGUGGUCCAAUUUGACGUGGAACGAUAAUUCACCAGUGAUUCAGCUGUUAAGUAAGAAGCCCGUUGGUAUUCUGCAUUUGUUGGACGAUGAGAGCAAUUUCCCGCGUGCUUCAGACGCGUCGUUCCUAGAAAAGUGCCAUUAUAAUCACGCUCUUAACGAGCUUUACUCGAGACCCAGAUUGGGAGCCAACGAAUUCGGAAUCAAGCAUUACGCGGGACAGGUGUGGUACAACGUGGAGGGCUUCCUGGACAAGAACCGGGACGCGUUGCGUGGCGAUGUACUGGAGCUGCUGUGCGGCAGCGAGGUGCCGCUGGUGGCCGAGAUGUCCGCGCAGCUGCGAGCGCACCACGACGCCAACAAGACGCUACCACGCGGCGCCAACGGACGCUUCGUCACUAUGAAGCCUAGGACACCUACAGUCGCCGCCAGGUUCUCCGAUAGUCUUCAUCAACUGCUGGAGUCGAUGUCGCGCUGCAACCCGUGGUUUGUCCGCUGCAUUAAGCCGAAUACAGACAAGUCUCCCAUGAAGUUUGAACUGCCUUGCGUGCUGGCACAGUUGCGCUACACUGGCAUGCUGGACACUAUUAAGAUACGUCAGACCGGAUAUCCUAUACGCAUCCCGUUCCAGAACUUUGUGGAAAGAUAUCGGUAUUUGCUGAAGUCGAACCCACCUCGCGCUACGCCGUACCGUGAAAUAUGCAACUCCAUUCUUGCUGAAAUGCCACCUACGGGCGCUGUGGGCGCGGACUUCCAGUUGGGUGCGGCGCGGGUGUUCGUCCGCGAGGCGCUGCACAGAGCGCUGGAGCGAGCGCGCGCCGAUAAGCUGCGCGCAGCCGCUACAGCGCUGCAAGCGCAUCUGCGGGGCUACCUCGCUAGGAAGCGCUACACACAGAUGCGUGAGUCUGCCGUGCGCAUACAGGCAUGGUGGCGAGGGUCCCGGGAGCGGCGCCGCUUCGUUCGCGCUCGGCGCGGAGUAGUGCGCGCGCAGGCGUUAGUGCGAGCGCGCCGCGCCCGCCGCAGAGUCGCAGCGUUGCGGGAGCAGCGGGAUGCGCAGCGCCGCAGGCAGGAGGCGCAGCAGGCAGCCGCCAAAAGACGUGCGGCAGAACAAAAGGCGAAGGCGGAGAGCUUACAAGUGCUAGAAGUGCCGGCUGAACUGGCGUUCAUACUUUCCAAAAUUGACGAGUGGCAACCGCCCCAUACCGAAAAGAAUAUCACUAAGGUAUCCGGGGACGUUUAUGCCGAAGAAGAGCGGGUGCAGUUGCCUAAAGACUUGCAACAGUUCGCCUUCUCCAAGUUCAGUUCCGUGUACUUCGCAGACGGCGGCCAGCUCAGUCCAAAGAAGCAUCCUAUUACUAAGCCAUUCUUAUCUAAAGCUGCCGUCAGAGAUCAAGACUUUAACGAUGCCAUAGCAAUAUUCAAAUUAAUCUUGCGUUGGUGCGAUGAAUCCGCAGCCGGGGACGAAGCCAGGCAAAAGGUUUUAGCAGAUUACAUAGCAUCUCGAGGACUAGCGUCGAGGGGUCUGCGUGAUGAGAUCCUUGUACAAUUGUGCAAUCAAGCAAGCGGCGAUUCUGCUGAGAGAGUGUGGAAGUUGGUUGCUCACUGCUUGGCCUCUUUCCAACCUGGACCUGCCCUGCAUAAGUACCUGGUGCGGCUGAUCUCAGAGUCGACGACCGGGCGCGCGCGCGCGCGGCUGCUGCGGCUGGCGUGCGGCGGCGAGGCGGCGGGCGCGCGCGCGGCCGGCGCGCACCGCCGCACGCCGCCCACCGCGCUCGAGUGGCGCGCCGGCGACGCGGCCCGCCCCGCGCUCAACCUCCCCCUCUAUGACGAUACGGUAACACACGUUUGCGUGGAUUCGUGGACGACGUGCGAGCGCGCCGCUGCCGCUGCGCUGGCAGCAGCCGGGCAUCCGCGCGGCCUCACCGGCUGGUCGCUCACCAUGGAACACAAUGGACAACUUACGGAAUGGGCGGGCUGCGAGUACGCAUUGGACGCCGUGGGCGAAGUGGAGACGUUUUCCGCUCUGAUCAGCGGGCGCAAUGAGCCGCUACGUGCGUCAACUUCGCGCCUGGCGCCGCCCGCGCCGCCGCCCAGAGCUUCCUCCGUCGACACCGAAAGAGCCGCGCGCCCGCAGGUGCCACCGCCGGAACCUCCAAAGUCACGUUCUCCCAGCAUCCAGCGCAUGCUAGACGACUCAAUAGAAGAAGGAAUUUCUGAAUACAACUGGAAGAUGGAGCAAGAAGUUACCCAAACCAUUAAUAAACAUAACAACGAUUAUUCGAGAAAGAUAUCCCACGAUAUUCUAUCGCGCGAGUCUGCUCUAAACGAGCGAUAUUUUGAACAACAAUCAGACAAAGUUCGCAGUCGUUCAUUGGACAAUCUUCUAGGUGAAAAUCCGGUACCGCAGCCGUCUAAGUUAACUGAUUUAGGACUAUCACAAUCGCGACUAAACGAUCGCUAUCACUCAGUAGAGAGAUUAGGUGGAGCACCGAGUGUAGCCAGUAGCAAGGGAGCAGUGGAGAUGGAGUACGGAACAGGCUCAAGAGCAAUGCCUUCGCGAUAUAUAAAGUCACAGUAUACUGGCAAGCGGGCGCCGGCUGGAUCGCAGUCUAGUCGUGCAUACAUUGAGAAGAGCUCGGAAUUUGGAGGCGUUAGAUCAUCAGCCAUGUCGGACACUUCCGAAGCUCCGAGCUUGGCUUCGCAUGUGCGUCGAGUCCGCGUUCCAAGUCAAGCUUCCGACGUUGACCAGUUCCUGGAUGACUUGUUCUCGCCGGUCCUCGAUCCAAACAUUGACGAAAUGUCUGAUGCCCGUUCUUUAGCCGCUAGCAUUAAAGGCGGGAAGAAAUAUAAUGAAUUUAUCGACAACAUCCUGAAUUGUGACUACAACGAACAAAUAUCUACUCUUAACAAUGCGACACAUGUUGGCCGCUUAAUCAAAGGCGGUGGGAAAGAGGAGAAAGGAAAAACUAGUAGAAAGGAAUCUAGUGUCGGUUCUGUAGACGAUUAUAUCACAAAUCUGUUUGAUCCAAUAUUCAUGAAUGAUAGUCUGAAGAGACUAACCGAUGGUGAAGGUCUAUCAGGUGCCAUAAAGGGUGGCGGAUCUACGCCUAGAGGUGCAUCAGCUUCGACGUCGGCUCUAAGUUUUGGAGCUUUAUCACUGCCGCCAUCGAUGCCGGCUAUGCCAGCGACUCCCGAAGCACUAGCUGCUGCGUUAGGUCUUCAUUUACCACCUCCUGGCACAGUCGAUAUAAAUGCGUAUCAUCAAAACUUGCAACGAGCUUUUUUACAGAACGCAAUGGCACAAAACUUACAAAUACAGCAGCAAUUGUUGGCUCAAAAUCAAGCUUUACAAACGCUCCUUGCUGGCCAAGUCGCUGAAACAUCUGAUUCGGUUCCCACAUCAUCAAUUCGGUCAUCGACCGUUAUUCACGCUGAAGUACACUCGCCUCCAAGAAAUGCGGUAAAAUCGAGACGGGAAUCAAACGAGAGCUCGUCUACUGGCGCGCCUCCCCCUCCCCCGCCGCCGAUGCCCCCACUACUACACGACGUCGAUCCUUCGGAAGUAAGACCAUUUUUAGACCCAUACGGUCGUGCGAAAACCGUACGAAUAGGGAAAUGGAGAUGGCCGCCUCCGAAGGAUGCGGCGAAUCAAGAGACAUCCCAAGAUUUUACUAAAUUCAAAUUGCGUCAGAUUCAGAGGAAACACACGCCGCAAGCACAGACUAACGGCGUAGAACAUGAACCACCGCGUGGGAGAUCUCGCUCUGAAGCCUCGCCAAGUAUAGAUUGGGAAGAGUUUGAAGUCGAUGGACAAAAUAUUACACCAAGUAUGGAACCGCCAUCACAACGGACUACGAGACGAAGCUUCGAGAUAGGCGCACAAAGACCUUCGCCCGGCAGCGUAGGGAAGUUGAAACUCAGCUCUGAAAUGAGACAAAGACUUGAGCGUGUCACCGCUAAUCAUUCAGUACGAAGCUCGUCUUCUGCUGCCGAAACACCACGUGCUAUCAAUAAGCUGGAGGAUACCAGAAAGUUGAUGCUGGAACGUCAAUUAGGCGGAGGGAGGUGGGAUGCUCCACCGCCACCAGUGCCCCCCGCACCGCCAGGUCCGGCUCCCCUGCCUCCGAAAUCUCCCCCCCACUCCGCCAGAUAG